GAAGUCUCGCGAUGUUACCCCUCUGGGUUUUUAGAAACUUUGUGGUUAGAGGGUCCAAGUCCGUUCUAUUCAUAAUAUUUCUAUGGUAGCAAUGUGUGGAAGUGGGUGGUGCCAGAACAUUGUUGAUUUUUGCAAAUUAAACUGUAGUUAAUGUAGCCAGUCAACACGAGUAAUUUUCCGUUGCAAUCAAAGAGCAAAAUAUAUAGGCGACAGUAUGGCCACACUGAAAAGUAAGUCUGACCAAGAAAUCAGGGAACUGUUGGACGAGUAUGGAAUUAAGCACGGGCCUAUCGUUGACACUACAAGACCCCUGUAUGAAAAGAAGCUAAAAGAGGCCAUGGCCAAAGACAAGAAAGUCACAAAACCAUCCUCAGACAAAACCUUCUACAGAGAAGAGCAGGAAGAAGUCACUUACGUUACCUAUCGGACACCAGUUAUAAGCGAAGGGCCUUCAGGAGAUGGAAAACCCUACAUGAGGUCAAGACCAGAGUAUAGUGAGAUGGACUUUGUGGAUGAAAAACUCUAUUCGAGAUCAAGACCAGAGUACAGCAGAGGAAGGCAAUACGUUGAUGAGCCCCAUGUCUACAACACACCAUCAUACUCAUCCUACUCCAAACCAACGCCUGUGGUGAAGUCUGGAGGUGUCGUUGUAAAGGAGGAAAAAACAGAGAGUUCUGGGAGACUGGUCCCUCUCUGGAUCCAGUUUCUGGUCUUCCUGAUCGUAGCCGGGUUCCUCUACUUCAUAUUUAUCAACAUGGAGUCCGUAGAGAGUAGCCCCUUUAACAGAAUCCAAUGAUCACAUUUUUACAAAAUAUGGGAUAAGUUCAUUAGGCAGAACAUUUUAAAGAAAACAGUCCAAAAUGGAAGUGAAACAUUUAUUUUUAUUUUACUUGUCCAAUAAUAGAAUAGCAAAUUUUCUGUUGGACAACGUUUUUAAAACGUUUUGCUACAGUGUGAAUGAAUACGUCCCUGUGUUCAUAUUUUGACAGAUGAAUUAUGGAAAUCCCAUGCCUGUCAUUCUUUGUGCUUGUGGUUUAUAUAAAAAGGUGACUGACAUUGGAUUCUGCCAAAGGAAAGCCAGAACAUUUCCUCCCGUCCAGACUUGUAUUUAGUUACUAGAUGAUGUAUAGUAUUCUGUUAUCAUACAACUAUGUUACCAAAACAGGGUGCUUCUACUAUGUAGAUGAUGUAUAGUAUUCUGUUAUCAUACAACUAUGUUACCAAAACAGGGUGCUUCUACUAUGGGUAAUAGUACUGUGAGAAAGUGUCAUCACUAUCUUCAUCAUCUCCCAAAAAAUGUAGUGUCCACAGCUCAUAGUAAAUACAUCUACCACAUUAUAUAUAUAUAUAUAUAUAUAUAUGUGUGUUAGUAUCAAAUCAGAAAUACACUAUAUACACAAAAGUAUGUGGUCACCCCUUCAAAUUGUUGUAUUAGGCUAUUUGUUGCUGACGGGUAUAAAAUUGAGCACACAGCCAUGCAAUCUCCAUAGACAAACAGUAGAAUGGCCACUUUCAACAUCAGUUCCUGAAAUUUUUGCCCUGCUAGUGCUGCCCCAGUAAGUGCUGUUAUUGUGAAGUGGAAACGUCUAGGAGCAACAACGGCUCAGCCACAAAGUGUUAGGCUACACAAGCUCACAGAACAGGACCUGAGUGCUGAAGCGCCUAGAGUGUAAAAAUCAUCUGUCCUCGGUUGCAACACUCACUAUCGAGUUCCAAACUGCCUCUGGAAGCAACGUCAGCACAAGAACUGUUCGUCAGGAGCUUCAUGAAAUUAGUUUCCAUGGCCGAGCAGCCACACACAAGUAUAAAGCUCGCGGCCAUUGGACUGAAGCAGUGGAAAUCAGUUCUCUGAAGUGAUGAAUCACACUUCACCAUCUGGGUUUGGCAGAUGCCAGAUCGCUACCUGCCACAAUGCAUAGUGCCAACUGUAAAGUUUGGUGGAUGAAUAAUUGUCAGGGGCUGUUUUUCAUGGUUCUAGGCCCCUUAAUUCCAGUGAGGGGAAAUCUUAACGCUACAGCAUACAAUGAUAUUCUAGAUCAUUCUGUGUCUCCAACUUUGUGGCAACAGUUUGGGGAAGGCCCUUACCUGUUUCAACAUGACAAUGCCCCUGUGCACCAAGCGAGGUCCAUACAGAAAUGGUUUGUCGACAUCGGUGUGGAAGAACUUGACUGGCCUACACAGAGCCCUGACCUCAACCACAUCGAACACCUUUGGGAUGACGCCGACUGCGAGCAAGGCCUAAUCGCCCAACCUCACUAAUCCUUGUGGCUGAAUGGAAGCAAGUCCCUGCAGUAAUGUUCCAACAUCUUGUGGAAAGCCUUCCCAGAAGAGUGGAGGCUGUUAUAGCAGCAAAGGGAGGACCAACUCCAUAUUAAUAUCCAUGAUAUUGGAAAGAGAUGUUCGACAAACAGGUGUCCACAUACUUUUGGUCAUGUAGUGUAUUAUGAUUUGGUAAUGGCUAUUUGUGUAAAUGUCCUGACACAAUGUGCUAUCUAGUUGUAUAGUCUGGCUUAGUCAGCCAUACGCAGUAUUCUCUCUGCAUCCUGGGGGGGGGUAUACUACACAUCAGCAACAAUGACUCUUGCCUAACUGUUGUGAAAAACUGUAUUUAUUUGGAAGAUAAGCUUGAAAUGGGCAUGGUCUAAUUGAAUCAAAAACACAAGUUAAGCUUUCUUCAUGAACAUGAAAAUCAAUUGUUAUUUCCAAAUUCCAAGGUUCUAAAUGGCAUUAAAGUUCUAAAUUCCAAGGUUCUAAAUGGCAUUAAAGUUGAAAAUGAAGUGCCUUAUCAUUUUGACCUGUUAAUGGUUCCAUUCGUACUAUUAUACAAAUGCAAUUGCUGUGACAGGUGUAUUGUCAUUCAAAUGUUCAGUGUGGGAGGUGGUUCUGUUAAUUGUCUUAUGGUGACGUCACAAGUACAUGUUUCUACACCUGCAGUAUCAUUUGUAAUACUCACUUUGACGUUACCAUACACUUGUCUGUUUUUUAUCAGAGAUCACUUUGGUCACACAAGAAUGUUUAUUGAGCACAGGCCGCGUCCCAUAUGGCACCCUAUUCCCUAUAUAGUGCACUACUUUUGUAGUGGGAAUAAAUAGGAUGCGGUCUACAAGUAAAUACUUUUCAGCGAGACAGUAACUGUUCAUAUAUUUUGUAUCCAGCCAUUUUGAGUCAUUCCUAUGAAUCUCCCAACUUUAAAAUAAAUGUUUCUGUAUCAAACAGAA